UUUUAUUUAUAUCGGUCAAAAAAGCGAGUCGGUGUUUCGUUUGACAUUUCUUGUAAACCCUAAUUUCAUCGAUUCUUCAUACCCCUCUCUUGAAUUCAUCUUAAUUUUUUGUAACUCACACCUUAAGCUCUCUGCUUAAUACGGUUUUGAUAUAUCGGGGGCUAUUUGAAGACUGUGUGGGCUGAUGUGGUUGAUUAUUGAUCUUUGUGGCUGGUAAAUUAAUGCUGAUCGAGGCUUCAUUUUUGUUGAAAAUAUAAACUAAUAAAGAGAGAGAUGGAUUUGGUUGCUAGCUGCAAGACUUGGGAGGACAAAUUGGCAUAUUUCCGAAUCAAGGAGCUCAAAGAUGUACUCACUCAAUUAGGUCUGUCAAAGCAGGGAAAGAAACAGGAUCUUGUUGAUCGGAUAAUAGCCAUUCUAUCUGAUGAUCAAGUUUCCAAGUUGUGGGCAAAGAAGAGUGCUGUGAGUAAGGAAGAUGUGGCCAAACUGGUGGAUGAUACAUUCAGAAAAUUGCAGGUCUCUGUGGCCCCUGACUUGGCAUCAAAGGGACAGGGUGUUUCAAAUAGCAGUAACAUGAAAAUUAAAGAGGUGGAUGACCACAUUCAACCAGAUACUAAAAUUCGCUGUCCUUGUGGGAAUUCACUGGGAUCUGAGACAAUGAUCAAGUGUGAGGAUCCCAGAUGCCAUGUUUGGCAGCACAUGAGUUGUGUUAUAAUCCCAGAGAAACCUAUGGAGGGAAUUCCACCCAUUCCUGACAAGUUUUAUUGUGAAAUCUGUAGACUCAGCCGAGCCGACCCUUUUUGGGUUACAAUUACAAAUCCUUUAUACCCUGUGAAGUUGUCAACUACAAAUAUUCAGACAGAUGGUACAAACCCUGUGCAGAGUGUGGAGAAAACAUUUCAACUCACAAGGGCAGACAAGGACUUACUUUCAAAGCAAGAGUAUGAUGUUCAGGCAUGGUGUAUGCUUUUGAAUGACAAAGUUCCAUUUAGAAUGCAAUGGCCACAGUAUGCUGAUCUACAGGUCAAUGGGUUACCUGUUCGUACUAUUAAUAGACCUGGCUCACAACUACUUGGUGCUAAUGGUCGUGAUGAUGCUCCAAUUAUUACGCAAUGCACAAAUGAUGGAGUUAAUAGAAUUGUCUUAAAUGGAUGUGAUGCCCGCAUCUUCUGUUUAGGAGUAAGAAUUGUAAAGCGGCGAACUGUUCAACAGAUUCUCAACUUGAUUCCUAAGGAGUUUGAUGGUGAGCUUUUUGAAGAUGCUCUUGCUCGUGUUUGUCGUUGCGUUGGUGGUGGGAAUGCUGCAGAUAAUGCUGACAGUGACAGUGAUUUGGAAGUUGUUGCUGACUCUAUCACUGUCAAUUUACGUUGUCCUAUGAGUGGUUCAAGGAUGAAGGUCGCUGGAAGAUUUAAACCCUGUGCUCAUAUGGGCUGUUUUGAUCUUGAUGUUUUUGUGGAGCUCAACCAACGUUCUAGAAAGUGGCAGUGCCCUAUUUGUCUCAAGAACUACUCAUUGGAAAAUGUUAUUAUUGAUCCUUAUUUCAAUCGGAUUGCAUCUAAGAUGAGGAAUUGUGGAGAAGAGAUAGCUGAAAUUGAGGUGAAGCCUGAUGGUUCCUGGCGUGUAAAAACAAAAAGUGAAAGUGAGCGUAGGGAAGUUGGGGAUCUUGCACUAUGGCACUUUCCAGAUGGCUCUCUUUGUGCUCCUGUUGAGGAAGUUAAACCAAAGGUGGAAAUAUUGAAGCAUGUUAAACAAGAAGUUGUUUCAGAAGGACAGAUUGGUUUGAAACUUGGAAUCAGAAAGAAUAGUGAUGGUUUGUGGGAAGUAAGCAAACCUGAAGAUAUAAACACCUUUUCUGGUAAUAGAUUGCAGGAAAAGUUUGAGACUCAUGAGACAAAAGUUAUCCCAAUGAGCAGCAGUGGCACUGGAAGCGGAAGGGAUGGUGAAGACCCAAGUGUAAACCAGGAUGGUGGUGGGACCUUUGAUUUUCCUAACAAUGGAAUUGAGCUUGAUUCUACAUCGUUGAAUGUUGAUCCAACUUAUGGAUUUGCUGACCAAAAUCCUUCUGCACCAGUUGCAAAUCCAGAAGUUAUUUUUCUUAGUGAUUCAGAAGAUGAAAAUGACCUACCAAUAUCAUCUGGGAAUGUAUACAGGGACAAUCAAACUGAUGCUGGUGGGGUUGAUUUUUCAAUGGCCCCCACUGGAAUUGUUGAUAACUUUCAUGAAACUUUGGGUACCAUAGGUGCUGGUGAGAAUUCUUGCUUGGGUUUUUUCACUCCCAAUGACGAUGACUUUGGGAUGCCAUCCCUCUGGUCAUUACCUUCUGGAGUCCAAGGUCCACCAGGUUUUCAGCUAUUUGCUUCGGAUGCAGAUGUCCCAGAUGCCUUGGUGGAUCUACAACAUGGCCCCAUCAACUGUCCGACACAGAUGAAUGGCUAUACAUUGGCUCCAGGCACUGCAGUGGGGUCUUCAUCUUUGGUCCCAGAUUCCUCUAUUGAUCAGCCCACUACUGACCUCGGUGACAGCUUAGUUGAUAAUCCCCUGGCGUUUGAUAGGGAAGAUCCGUCUCUUCAAAUAUUUCUUCCUACAAGGCCUUCAAAUGCAUCAGUGCAGUCUGAUUUGAGAGAUCAAGCCGAUGUGUCAAAUGGUGUUCGUCGUGAGGAUUGGAUCUCUCUUAGGCUUGGGGGUGGUGCUAGUGGCAGUCACAGUGAAUCACCAGCUGCAAAUGGCUUAAAUGCGAUGCAGACAGUGCAGUCUGGAGAUGGUGCCAUGGAUUCUUUGGAUGACACUGCUUCUUUGCUUCUCGGUAUGAAUGAUGGAAGAUCUGAGAAGACAAGCAGGCAAAGGUCAGAUAGCCCUUUUGUGUUCCCUCGUCAAAAACGUUCUGUAAAACCACGAUUGUAUCUUUCUAUUGACACAGACUCUGAAUAGAAAAUUUUUGUCCUUAUAUCCUAUAAAUUCAUAGCAUUCGUGUUUGAACCUUUCUGGGGGUAGAAGGCUCCUUCUGGGAGGUUUGUUGAUCAGCCCUUAAUGAUUUGGAAGAAGUUAACAAAUAUAUGGUCCUAGUAAGAGGCUCAAUGCAACUGUGAGAAAUACAUAGCAGAACUAAGUACGUAAGAAAAUUUUCUCUUAAAAAUUUGUUGCCAGCUCCUUCUGAUUUUUUUCUUUAAUGGAGAGUUAUAGGGCCUAUCAUCUGAUGCUGUUUGUUUUAAAAGAAGUCAUUCCCCUUUGUUGUUUUCAGGGAGCUUGAGGUCCAUUGCUGGUAAGUUGUACAGAAGAGAAUCGUUUAAUCUAAUGUUGAUUUAAUCUUUUGGUUUAAGUUUUCUCUGGGGGCCCCCCUCUUAGGUAAACACAAAGUGCUCCUUUUGUCUCUGGGAGCAAAUAGCCUGUAAAUGUUUACUCAGAUUCAAUUAUUUAUAGAGAAAUAAAUUUUCCCAUUCUCUA